CCGCGCAGGCGUAGUGGGUCCGACUCGCCAUGCCGACUGUCAGUGUGAAGCGCGAUCUGCUCUUCCAAGCCCUGGGCCGGACCUACACUGACGAAGAAUUUGAUGAACUAUGCUUUGAAUUUGGUUUGGAACUUGAUGAAAUUACUUCUGAGAAGGAAAUAAUCAGUAAAGAGCAAGGUAAUGUUAAAGCACAGGGGGCUUCCGAUGUCGUUCUUUAUAAAAUUGACGUCCCUGCCAAUAGAUACGACCUCUUGUGUCUGGAAGGAUUGGUUCGAGGACUUCAGGUCUUCAAAGAAAGGAUAAAGGCACCAGUAUAUAAACGGCUAAUGCCUAAUGGAAAAAUCCAGAAAUUGAUUAUCACAGAAGAGACAGCAAAACUACGCCCCUUUGCUGUGGCAGCGGUUCUCCGCAAUAUAAAGUUUACUAAAGAUCGAUAUGACAGCUUCAUUGAACUUCAAGAGAAGUUACAUCAGAAUAUUUGCAGGAAGAGAGCCCUGGUUGCUAUUGGUACCCAUGAUUUGGACACUUUGUCAGGUCCGUUUACAUACACUGCAAAGCGCCCUUCAGAUAUCAAGUUCAGGCCUCUAAAUAAGGGCAAGGAGUAUACAGCCUGUGAACUGAUGAACAUCUACAAGACUGACAACCACCUUAAACAUUAUUUGCAUAUCAUUGAAAAUAAACCCUUGUACCCAGUUAUCUAUGAUAGCAACGGUGUUGUCCUUUCAAUGCCUCCAAUCAUCAAUGGUGAGUUAUUUCUAAGCAUCUUGGUAUUUGCUGUUCUCCCUUACUCGCACACGUUUCUCAUUUUACUGAAUUUAUGGUGCGUUUUUUUUUUUCUUACAUUUUUUAUUUCUGGCUUUUUGUUUUUCAGAGUUGAAGCAACUGAGGUGGUUUUUCCUAAUGGAAAGUUACAUACCUUUCCAGAACUAACUUACCGAAAGGAGAUGAUCAGAGCUGAUCUAAUUAACAAAAAAGUUGGAAUCAGAGAAACUCCAGAAAAUCUUGCUAAGCUUCUGACCAGGAUGUAUUUAAAGUCAGAAGUCAUAGGUGAUGGGAAUCAGAUUGAGAUUGAAAUCCCUCCGACCAGGGCUGACAUUAUCCACGCAUGUGAUAUUAUAGAAGAUGCAGCUAUUGCUUAUGGAUAUAACAACAUUCAGAUGACUCUCCCGAAAACAUACACCAUAGCUAAUCAACUUCCUCUUAAUAAGCUCACUGAACUUCUCAGACAGGACAUGGCAGCCGCUGGCUUCACUGAAGCACUUACCUUUGCUCUGUGCUCCCGAGAAGACAUUGCUGAUAAACUUGGUUUGGAUAUCUCUGCAACGAAGGCAGUCCACAUAAGUAAUCCUAAAACAGCUGAGUUUCAGGUGGCACGCACUACCCUCCUUCCUGGCCUCCUAAAGACCAUAGCAGCCAAUCGGAAGAUGCCCCUUCCUCUGAAACUGUUUGAAAUCUCUGACAUUGUGGUAAAAGAUUCUAACAAAGAUGUAGGUGCAAAAAAUUACAGGCAUCUCUGUGCUGUUUAUUACAAUAAGAAUCCUGGGUUCGAGGUGAUCCACGGGCUGCUGGACAGAAUUAUGCAGCUGCUUGCUGUGUGCCCUGGUGAAGAUAAAGGCGGAUAUGUGAUCAAGGCAGCGGAAGGCCCUACUUUCUUCCCUGGGCGAUGUGCUGAGAUCUUUGCCAAGGGUCAAAGCAUCGGAAAGCUUGGGGUCCUUCAUCCUGAUGUUAUCACCAAAUUCGAGCUGACCAUGCCCUGCUCCUCUCUGGAAAUCAAUAUCGAGCCCUUUUUGUGAAGACGGAUCUCUGUUGUGUGAUUCUGUUCCCAAGUGUCCCUUUCUCCAUCCCUGGUGUCCUUUAGUCCUCCACAGGGAACAUCCGUUUGUGCUUUAAUGUUCAAUAAAGUCAGAUAGAAAGCACUGUC